UACUAUCCAUAACAAGUUUCCAAAACUUUCUCAGUCUUCACUCACUCUCAUGAGGUAAUGUAUUAAUUUUGCGUUUGUCAAUUAGUCUUUGUCUCUUUCUGCCAGUUUUUUUCCCUUUCUCACAAGCACAACAAUGAGUAAUAUUGUUGAGACCAAAAAAGAAAGAACACAAACGAGGAAUACAAACAAAAAGUAGAGCAAAAUGUCUGCAUCACCCUUACCAUCACACCCUCUUCCUCUCAACACUGUAUUCAUUCAUUUUCGUUCUCAACCAAACCAGCCUUUUCCACCAUUGAAGUCAUCUUACCAAACCCAGCUCUCUUUUCUUUACCUCUAAAUAUUCGUUCCUCUUCCUCUUAAACACCCUUUUCAUAUCUAUGUAAAACCAUAUCGCAUCUUUUAUACUUUAGUCUCUCAGUUUUUUCUUUUGGUGUUUUUCUUCCAUCUGGGUUUUUGAGUCAGAGACCAAAUGACCCGGCUUUUUCGAUCCAAAUCUUGUGGUCUGGUGGGGCUGGCCGAGUUCAACACGACCCCUCCGAGUCCUUUCUUCAAUUGUACUAACGAUGAGGAUGACGAAGACGAAGACGACGAAGAUAUUGAUGAUGAAGAAGACGAAGAAGAGUUUAAAAAACAGAGUAAUGAGGACGAGUCUCCGCGUAAUCCGAUAUCGACACCAUUCAUAACUCCAGGGUCCAGAGCUAAUGGGAAUAGCCAAGGUCGACAUUAUCACCAGAACCAGUUUGCCAUACUGGAUAUUCUGGCAGCGGCGCUGAGAAAGUCGAUAGUCACGUGCAGUGUGGAGAGAGAAGACGUGUCUUCGUCCUUGGAUAUCAGCUGGCCGACUGAGGUGAGGCAUGUCUCGCACGUGACCUUCGAUAGGUUCAACGGGUUUUUGGGUUUGCCCACUGAACUCGAGCCAGAAGUCCCCAGAAGGGUCCCUAGCGCCAGUGUAAGCGUAUUUGGGGUGUCCCCCAAGUCAAUGCAAUGUACCUACGAUGGCAGAGGAAACAGUGUCCCAACAAUUCUUCUAAUGAUGCAAAAGAGAUUGUAUGCCGGAGGAGGACUUCAAGCAGAAGGGAUUUUUCGGAUAGCUGGCGAAAAUAGCCAGGAAGAGCUAGUCCGGGACAAAUUGAACAAGGGUGUAGUGCCACAUGGUAUUGAAGUUCAUUGCUUAGCGGGUUUGAUUAAGGCAUGGUUUAGGGAACUCCCCACAGGAGUACUUGAUUCGCUCACACCAGAACAGGUUGUACACUGCAACACAGAAGAUGAAUGUACCAAGCUUGUGAAGCAACUGCCUUCGACUGAAGCUUCGUUGCUCGAUUGGGCCAUCAAUUUGAUGACAGAUGUUGUUGAACAUGAAAAGUACAACAAAAUGAAUGCACGAAACAUUGCCAUGAUUUUCGCGCCUAACAUGACUCAGAUGGCAGAUCCGCUGACUGCUUUAAUUCAUGCUGUGCAAGUCAUGAACUUCCUCAAGACACUGAUUUUAAAGACCCUGAGAGAGAGGGAGGAGGAAUCACCAACAAAGUCUCGGUUUCCAGGCCUCUCUUCUUCAAAUACAAACAAGAGUGAAGCCACUGAGCAAAGCUCGGAUACUAGUGCAGUCAAGCAAGCCGAGCAUGAUACUCCACCGAGAGCUUCCACUUCUAGCAUCCUAGAAUCCAACAUUGAUGAGAAGCUUUGGGGUUCUCUGCCAAAAAGUGAUGAAGAAGACAAUUCUAGAUCGCAAUCAGAGAGCAACAGAACACCUGAAGUGUGUGGAAUGAGGGAAAGCGAAUGUAAAGACGGAUAUGAGAGUGGAGACUGGCUAAGAUUGAGAAAAGGAGUAAGGAAGCUUUGCAGGCACCCUGUGUUUCAGUUGAACAAGCUUGCAAAGAAGACUGCAACACUUGAGAUUGUAAAUACUAACACUAGGGAACGACGCAGAGAAGCUUGGGCCUAGAGAGGCGACGCCAACAACAAUUCCAUCGUUGUUCAUUAAUACAACGUUGAGUCUUUUUCUUUUGGUUGAGAUUUGUUAUAGCUGUAGAUGUCAGUGUUUGGUUUGCAAGUUCAGUCUGGUUAAUGGUGUUAAACCUGUUUGAAAAGCACUAACUAGAAUAGAGCUCUUAGUGAAAAUGAGUAUAUACAUAGAGCGAAUGUGUGUGUGUGUUGGACUCUUUAAGCUACAACUUUGAUGAUUGCAUGAACAACUUUCCCCGUUUGAUGAUGAUUUUAUAUAUUUGCACUUAGUUCUCA